AUGGGGACAGUCCCCCCAUUUUUCGUGGGCUGGUUGACCCUUCGGCGCGAGAAUCUUCAGACCGAGAACCCUAAGUGCAACGAGGGAGAAAGCGAGGAACCGACUGAGAAGGACAGCAACGAGAGCGUGUACGAAGCGGAGCGGGUCGAGUUUGGUCGUGCUAGGACUGGCCACAGCGGCACCGGAGCAGCGGCACCGGAGCAGCGGCACCGGAGCAUGCGGACGGCAUCGAACCGGGGCGCACGGACAAACAUCUCUUGUAUUGUCAAUUAUUUCCCGUUUUUUUUCUGAAUACAGGUGUUGGGUGUGUGUGAUGACGUCACUGGUUUUGUAGAGAGACGCGGCAGAGAUGGCGCGGAUAACCCGGGUGCCUUCAUUGUGUACCUGCAUCGUGCAAGACCCCUUCAGUGUGGAACGAUUCCUAGUCGGUGUCGAUGUUUACACUGCUGUGCCAAACACAGAUGAUCUGGAUAGAUUCGGGUGAUCGUCAAUUGCAAUGAUGGCUUUGGUUGGGCAUUCUUCAUUGCAUGUCCACGGGCUCAUUUUGACAGCACUUCAGACAGCAGCUCCAUGCCCCGAGCUUGUGUACCAUGCACCAUGGUGAUAUUAUUGUACAGACAGCACUUCAGACAGCAGUACGCUGUAGUCGACAAACAUUCAUUUUGGUUAAGUGUGGGACAAGGGGGGUGAUGCUGCUGCUGUAGUCAAUUUGUAGUGUGUUGGCGUGUAGUUUAGUUGUGAGCACGCAAACGUGCUGCAGGGAUUGCAGGUGUACCUCCUCGGGCUUGUGUACCCUUUCCUUGCUAAUAGUGUGUGUUCUUUAGAUCUUGUGAUGGCUCUAGCAUCUUUGUGACCACGGACCGAGUCUUUGCUAGAUUUUGGGAUUAGAAACUGACACGAGU